AUGUUCAAGUUCGUAGUACUCUCCGCUCUGGUGUGCGCCGCGGUGGCGGAGCCCGGCGUGUUUCUGGCGCCUAGCACAUACGCUGCAACCAUCCCGGCUCCCGUCACUAGCACCUACGUCCAGCACUCCAGCGCCAUCUAUCCCGCGGCCGUACCAAGCAUCUACUCGGGCCUGUCAUACCCGCACUACAUCAAGAAGCGUGAGGCGCAGUUCUACAACGGCUACUUUGCUAACGGCGCCUACGUCGCGCCCGCAGCCCUAGCGACCCCGUACGCGUCCACCCUGGUAGCGCCCGCUGGACUCGCGGCUACAUACUCGCCCGCCGUGCUGCCUUACGCUGCGCCUGCUCACUUCAUCAAGAAGCGUUCCGCCUCCGCCUCCCCCCAACUGCUCGCCGCGCCCCUCGCCUCCACCUACAUUGCUCCCGCGCCCCUCGCAUCCACCUACGUCGCCUCCACACCUCUCGGUACCACUUACUCCGCGCCCAUCUACUCCAGUGCGGCCUACUAUCCCACCUUCAGCACUGGAUUCCCUUUCAUCAAGAAGUAA